CCUCCUUUCUAGAAGAUGGCUAAGCAGAAGGUACAGGACACCUUUUGUUUUUCCCCCGAUGCAUACAGACACUACAAUCUAGUCUCACAGUGGCAGCCAGCUCGGUCAAAAGCACAACAUAAGAUGCAGUGCAACAAGAGACUAGUAGUUUUUCUGUUCUCGGUAUCUAUUCUUAACUUUGGUCAUCAACAAAGUCAUGCAUUGGAUACUAAAGUGAGAAGAUCGUGGAUACGCGAGCUAUUGACACGCGUGAAAGCUAAGAAGGGUAUCGACGAAAGUGAAACAACCCCUUUAUCAAGAAAAAGCGAACAUCAGUACCACACUGCACACCCAAUUGUGGAAGCGUCUUUGGUGCCUCUCGAAACAACGUCAGAAUUUUCUAAGAUUUUUGGCUUCGGGGCUAUCAAAACUCUGCACAGGGAAACCACGUAUCCUUAUCCAACAGCAACAUAUGUCCCUCGUGUUGCAAUAGCACUUGGAGCUAUAGCGAUCGCAAUCGCAGUAGCCGUUGCCACACAGGACAAGGAAGAACAAAUAGACGAAAGCGAUUUCGUCAUCAGGUCACUUGACAAUCAAACCCCUAUAAAUGAUUUGCCGAUGCCUGUAAACGGAGAAGAUUUUCCGCGCGAUGGCUGUGGAGAUAACUCCGUGCGAGUAGCUAACGGAAACUGCUUCCCCGUUUUGACACGAGGACCUUGUGAAAAUAUCCGUCACUGGGUAACGAUUGAUCCCAUUACAUUGCAGGGAAGAUGCACUCCAAGACUUUGUGGUCCGGGAAGAGUACUGGUGGUACGUGAUGGACUUUGUCACGAUGUCCAAGAUCCAAUAGAAUGCAACGGGGGCCGGCGACUUUAUUACACAGCUUACGGAGAUCCGAUUUGUGACUGCCCCAUCGGGCAAUAUCCUUUCCCUAACCCUCACGACAACUGCAUUCCACUGUUCACCCAAGGACCUUGCCAAAAUAGAUACGUAGUAACAAUUGCCGAACAGGGUCGACUUGGCUGUGCUCCAACCCAAUGUGAAUCAAUCGACAAUGACAACUUGUCCCGGCAGCUUGUGCCGGCCAACGAUGGAGUAUGCUACGCUCUUGGGUCACGUGGGUCCUGCGCAACUACAUCUCAGUUCUUAGGUUACGAUAUCUUCAAGCACCGUGUUCAGUGUGUCGAUUUUCUAGACCCCUCCUCGCCCUAUUUUUCUUGGCCUGCACAAGACGAUUUUCUUGGUAGCAUCUACAAUCAGCUCCAUCCGGAGUACGACGAAUUUAGAGUAUCUUUUGUUUACGAAAGUCUAACGGGGAAAAACGAAACAGAACAACGAAGACAAGGUGCAAACACAGUAGGAGCAGUUCAAUUUCCUGGCACGACAAUUGAAAGUCUUUUACAUCCUUGUCGCACUGGAGCCAGACGAGGAAUAAAUUUUAAAUGCACCAACCCUUUAAUACCUACGCUAAGAGAAAGACAGCUAUUGCAAGUUGUUCGAACUGGACUAAGAACAAACUGCGAAGGCAACGCUUUUUUCAUCGCUGCCACUGGCCAGUGCCGUGCCAGGUUCUAGCCAUGAACUAACAACAACGCUCAAAAUGUUUCUAACAUAUAACUUAAAACAAGAUGGUUUUUAUGUAAUUUCUUACCCCUUGAUGACGAUGAGUUCGUCGUCGCAGAUCCGCUCAGUUGAAACUUCGGCUGCCUCGCCCACCGCAGAAGCUUCAAAACUUUCUUCGCCUAUUACAAAAUAAAAUAUUAAAUACC